AUGAGUGACACAGAGAGUGUAGACGCGAGACACGCCGGGGAUGCUGAGCCCUCGGGCCCUGAACCUGCUUGCGACGAGUGUCGAAUCCGCAAGGUUCGAUGCGACAGGGACUCGCCUCUGUGCUCCAGCUGUCGCAAGUCGAACUUGAUCUGUCAGUAUACCCAGAAGGGCAAACGGAUCAAUCAUACCAAGAAGCUAGUCAACGACGUCCAACUACUCGGAACCCGUCUCGAUCGAAUCGAAGAAGCCCUGGUCCGGUGCAUGUCCAUCGUCUCAGCCUCGAAUUCACCGCACAACAGCGGGUCAGCCACGCCGUAUAGUCCGGACACCCAGCGAACAGAGGCGGGAGAUUCAUGCGGUAGCUCGGACAACUCUGACGGAAGCCUGAUGGAUGGACUAUCAGAUCAGACUGGGUUCCCGGGGGGGCAUGCAUUUGGGCCCUCGAGCUCGAUGGCUUCGCUCUAUACUGAGGCCCAAGCCGCCGGGGACCAGCUCGCCUCGUCGCUGUCACAGCAGGAUAGUCUUGAGGGACCCGGUCAAUGGCCCCCUGCCCAGGAGUCCAUGCUUCGCACCCAAAUUGCCCAAGCGAGCGCGCUCUUUCAGCGACUGGCCACCGACAGUCCCCCAAUCUCGGAACCCGAGUACCAUGACAACCUGCUGCCUUGUCUCCCUCCACGAGCCCUACUGGAGGUCUUCCUCGAGACGUAUUUCCGCGAGCUCAGCCCUUUACUCCCUAUAUAUGACCGAGAGAGUGUCCUGGCAGCCAUGCAAACCCAGUAUGGAUCCACCGUGGAUGGUCCUGAUCCCGCUUGGAUUGUAUCGUUCAGCAGCAUCCUCCUUCAGACGCUCGAAGCCAAAUCCACGGCGACGAAGAAAACAGACAUGAUGGCCCGCAGCACGCUGGAAGUCGAUCUCCUGUUCCAGCUGUUGCUCAAUACUCGGCGCUGCUACAACCGCUUCGAGCGCCUGCUCCAGCCACGCGUGGCCAACGUGCAAGCCCUCCUCAGCAUGGCAUUAGUGGCGCUGAAAUACUUUCGCUUCACCAUGUUCGAAACCGUCUUCACCCAGGCUUGUGAGCUCGCCAAGUCCAUGGGCCUGCACCAGAGCUCAUCCACCGCCGAUGCGAACCAAUGCGACGAGUGUCAGAAGCUCUUCUGGUCUCUCUUCAUCCUCGAUAAACAUACCUCCCUCAUGUCCGGCAAACCCUGUCUCCUGCCCUCGUUUGACUGCGGCAUUCCUCUGCCCUCCAGCACCACCGGCGUCCUCCUCGACGACCUCUUCGCCGCACGCAUCUCUCUCGCCCACAUCGAAGAAGAUAUCUUCUGCAACCUCUACUCAGCCAAAGCCCCACUACUCAGUCAGAACCGUCUCAGUCGCCGCGCCCACAAGCUCGUCCGCCGCCUCAACGACUGGACCAUCCAUCACAGCCGCAUCCUCUACCCACCAGCAAGCACAACCACCACUGCCCAACAAGCCACCGAGCUCCGAUACGCCCUCUGUAUCUGUCGAGUGCUCGUGCACCGACGCAUCCUCACCCCGGAGAGCCGUCAGACCCGACUCGAGCACGCCCGCACCGGACUCCGCCUCCUCCAAGAGCUCUGCGAGAGCUACCACCCAGGCGAUAGCAUCUCAGGCUUCACUGUAUUCGAAAGCAUCCUCCUCAACUACCCCAUCAUCCUCUUCCUCGAAAUCUACAUCCACCUCCUCACCCCCGACAUCUCCACCCCGACAUCCACCACCACCGCCAUAACCUCAGACACCAACGACCUAAUAUUCUUCGCCUCUCGCGCCGACUACCUCGCAGCCAAUGGCUCUACAACCUCCUACGCCGCUACCAUCCGCUCCAUCACCCAAUUGUGCAGCCACAUCGCCACGUCUCUUCUCCACCCUACCUCAUAUUCAAGCCCACAACUCCACCCCCACCACUCUACACCCAACAUCCAACACUAUCCUCAACAUCAGAACCAAGACCCAGACCCAACAUGGGAAAUUCCCUGGCUCUCAACCCCAACCUCAACUCCAUUGGAGCCCAAUCACCACCACCACCACCACCCAGGAACAGACCCCUACCCCUACGGAGAAUGGGAAAUGAUCUCCGACUCCACCCCCAUUGAUUUCGACGAUAUAAUGGAUACAUAUCGGUGAGACUUACGAUUUUAGAUGAUAUUACUUCUAUGGUUUGCAUUCAUUUCGGGGUAUACAUGUAAGGGCUGGAAUGGACCCUUUGGAGUUGGAGUUAGUUAGUGAUAUAGCUG